CCAACGCCAAAGCCAGAGCCAAAGGGGGACAGCUACCAUUGACUACACAUAUACGACUUUGUUUCUAUACAACGACAAAGGUUUCUCCCCUUCGAACAUAAACCGAAUCGUUCAAUUGCGUCAAUUCGAGUUGCGCAAAAGCAGUCGCCAUCAUGAAAUUCCUCCUUCCCGUUCUGUCGCUCAGCGCUGCUGUCAAUGCGCUGCACUUCUUCAUUGACGGCACAACCCCCAAGUGUUUCUACGAGGAGCUUCCCAAGGAUACACUUGUUGUUGGACACUACACUGCUGAGGAGUGGGACGAGCGAGUAUCAGCCUGGGUCAAGCACGACGGAAUCAGCAUCUACAUCAACGUCGACGAAAUCUUUGACAACGACCACCGUGUUGUCUCUCAGCGCGGUCUGGCCUCCGGUCGAUUUACCUUCUCCGCUGCCGAUGCUGGCGACCACAAGAUCUGCUUCACCCCGUCAUCCAGCUCCGGUCGCACCUCAUGGCUCUCUGCUAAGAACCCCAACGGUGGCAUCAAGCUCACCCUCGACCUCGUGAUCGGUGAGACCAACCAGAUUGAGAGCAGCGACAAGGGCAAGAUUCAGGACAUUACUUCGCGUGUUAAGGACCUCAACGCCCGCCUGGCUGAUAUCCGAAGAGAACAGGUUUUCCAGCGUGAGCGAGAGGCCGAGUUCCGAGAUCAGUCCGAGUCUACCAACGCCCGUGUCAUUCGAUGGAUCGUUAUUCAGCUCAUUGUGCUUGGCAUCACUUGCACUUGGCAACUGUCGCAUCUUCGAUCAUUCUUCAUCAAGCAGAAGCUGACCUAGAUAAUCCAUAAAUCAAUCGUUUGUUUGCGAGUUGGAAGUUAUGGUUUGAUGAUUCAAGUACAGCCAUAAAGUUGUUCAUUGAGCCAGGUGUUGAUAGGAUUGCAUACCAGAAAAGAGUAAAAAGGGAUUUGUUUGGAAGUAGAUUUACGACCGGCAGUCACUCUGUCGUUUAUUAGGGAGCCGUAUAAUGUUACAAAUACAUGAUGAUGUUUAUUUCAUAUCGAUGAACCUAUAUAUAUAUGCAUGCAAGGAUGGAACAAGGGGACUAUGAUAAAAAUGGCAACGCCGUUUUCUUUUCCCAUUAAAAAAUUGCCAAAACGAGAACUCCCUAUAGUGCUCUAUCUUCAUUCACAACAAAUCACCAAACUUGCAAACUUCAUCCCCACGCGAACUGCUCGCUCCAUCAACACCAGGCAAGACUGGGCAUUUUCAGGUAGCUCAAUAGUAGCUUUGGUCUCGCUCAGUGAUUACACAGAUAUUAUGGACAGCGUCAUAAGAAAUAGAAAAAAGAAACACCCAACCAGACCCAAAAUGCUGCCCUACACCGUCUCCUUGCGCCGUGCUGCGCUGCGGUGAAGAUUAAACGAGGCUUUAGUAUAAUUUCGUGAUGGUUGUCAGACAUGAGAAAGGAAAGCCCUUUGCCGUGAUCCCAAACCAAAUCUGCUUUCCCUCUCGGGUGGUCAUGCAAGAAAAUAUCGGGUGACUAGGUGGCGGAAGGGUUCUAAAGUACCGAGAUGAUGGGGAUCGAGUUCGAGCAUGGUGGCUUUGUCUUUCCGGUGAGCAAUAACACCUAGGCGAGCAGCUCAGGGACAGGUUUCUGACCCGAACAACUCCGCCGAAGUAGGCUAUACCCAGUCAUCCGCAAACACAAAUGUUUGCGACAUAGCCGAAGCGUCCGCUAGGCGUUCCAAUCCCCAUCCAUCUCCAGUUUUGAACAAAUAGGGGCGACCCUCCUCAAACUUGGUCUGUCGUCGUAUACAGAUCCUGAAGCACAACGCCGCAGCAAUGAAGAAACAAAGAAAAGUCUUAGCUAUUGGUCGAUAUUGAUUUAACCACAGCACAGGGUCUUCAUGAGCUUCUGGAAACCACUAGGCUGAGGGUUAGCUGGCUGGCCGCUAGCUUGGGUGGGCUGGGUCGCCGGGCCUUGCUGGGAGGUCCUCGGCUGCUGGGGCAGGUUCUGGGCACUGUUCUGGAACUGGGCCUGAGUUGAGCCAGUGGGCGUGGCCAUGUCCCGGAGACCCCCAACCCCGCUCCCCCUCUGUGCUGACAAUGCGCCGGGGGCGCUUGGCCGAUCUCUCUGCUUGCCCAUCUGCUUGAUCGGAGAGGGAGGAGGGGGUUGCGCGGCGUUUAAACGGCCGACAGUAAGGUUUUGUGCUUGUUGGUGAGAGGUGGUAUUCCCGGGACGAUGGCCGCUGUGCAGCUCCAUCUGGGAAGGCCCAGGGCGAACAUUGGGGUUGUGGAGGUAGGCGUUGCUGUGGUUCUUCGAGUCCCAUCCCUUUCCCGAAUCCUUAGAGAUCUUCAUCCAGUCGUACUCGCCAUCCUCGACCUCGCCAGUGUUCUUGAGUGCCUGUGUGAAAAGCUCGCGGAGGUAAUCGUAGUCGGGAGUGUCCUCGAAGCCCAGGUUUCGGACGUAAGUCAGGUACUUGGAGAACUCCUCGGGGAAACCCUCGCACAGGUCCUUGAUGAUGGUGGUCUGCUUCUUCUCGCCGAUCUUCUCAUACUUCUGCUUGUUGGUAGCAGCCUUCAGUCCUUGCCAGGGGAGGCCACCACGUAGGAAAUACAAGAAAACGUGGCCGAGGGCUUCAAGAUCAUCUCGACGGGACUGCUCACGGCCCAAGUGAGUGUUGAUACUCAUAUAUCGGGCGGUUCCAGAGAGGGAUUUCCGCUCGCGGUAAGGAAUAUGCUGCUUCGUCUUCGGGUCACGAUACUGCUUGGCCAUGCCGAAGUCGACAACAUGGAUUACGCUAGAGGCCUUGGUGCCGGGACGGCCGAUCAAAAAGUUGUCGGGCUUGAUAUCGCGA